AUGAGGAGAGAGGAGCUGUCGCCCCGCUGAUGCCUGGACGUCUGGGAUGCAGUAACAAGCGUUUGUUUUCCAACGGGACGUUAUAUGUUUGUUUCUAGGGAACACAAACAGUACGUUGCGGAUUUGGCAUUCCCAUCAAUCGGAUGCAAGGAGAGCCAGGCCCAAGUUAACGAUGGGCCCCAUACACCUAUGCGUCCUGCUCCCGGUGGCGGUGUUGGCGGUGGCGGUUGUCGCCGCUGAGCUGCCAGCAACAAUCGAUGACGAGUACACUUGGCCGCAGUGGAAUUUGCCUCUGGUAAGAAAAAGACGCACUCUUCCUCUGAGCAGCCCCGACUUCUCCGCACACGCUCAAUCGAAGGUGAGUGGAACUUGCGGGAUCGAGUGUCAGCGUCGCCUCCCCUCACCUUCCGUGGAUGACCUGGAGCACUUCCUCUCCUACGAGACGGUUUACGAGAAUGGUACACGUACUUAUACCUCGGUGUCUGUGCAAGGUCUCAAUGAGGUGACAGCUUGGUCCAGAAACAUCUCUUCAAGUUCCCGUUCCAAACGGGAGGUCUACGGCACAGACAGCCGCUUCACCAUCUCCGAUAAGCAGUUCUCCACUAAGUAUCCGUUCUCCACUUCGGUCAAGAUCUCCACGGGAUGUUCUGGAGUUCUGGUGUCACCCAAACAUGUGCUGACCGCCGCUCACUGCAUCCAUGAUGGAAAGGAUUAUUUGGAUGGCGUUCAGAAGCUUCGCGUUGGUAUUCUUAAGGAGAAAUCUCGAAGAGGGAAAGGAGGCAAAGGGAAAGGUGGGCGAGGGAAAGGUAAACGAAGAAAGGGAGAUGACGUUAAAGACGUAAAGGAAGCGGAACAGAAAGGGAGCCGCAAAGGAAAAGCAAAGGGUCGAAAGAGCCGGAGUCGCCGAAGUGUCGAAGUGGAAAAACCUUCAUUUCGGUGGACCCGGGUCAAGAAAACCCAAGUACCAAAGGGUUGGUUCAAAGGUGUGUCUGACGGACUGACCGCAGAUUACGACUAUGCGGUUCUGGAGCUGAAGAGAGCCCCCAAAGUCAAACACAUGGAUCUGGGCGUUAUCCCCUCGGUCAAGAAGCUCCCCGCUGGAAGAAUCCACUUCUCCGGCUUUGACGACGACCGGCCAGGAAAUCUGGUGUACCGAUUCUGUUCCGUCUCUGAGGAGUCCAAUGAUUUGUUGUAUCAGUACUGCGAUGCCAAACCGGGAUCCAGCGGCUCCGGAGUCUACAUCCGCUUGAAGGAACCAGGCAAAAAGAGAUGGAAGAGGAAGAUCAUUGGGGUAUUUUCCGGCCACCAGUGGGUGGAUGUUAACGGAAAUGGUCUGCAGCAGGAUUACAAUGUUGCGGUGAGGAUAACGCCUCUCAAGUACGCCCAAAUUUGCUACUGGGUUCACGGGGACUCGAGUGCGUGCCAGAUUGCCUAAGGCAACACAGAAACCCUAUUCCUGAUGACACCCCCCCAAGACCCAGUUGUAACCAUCACCUCUACCCCCGCCCAUGCUUCCGAUCACACUCAUUAACAAACAAAAACCCACCGCAAUGCGGACUCAGUGGUGACAACAACAGGAACUGUGUAACACACAAAAACAACUGUGGCUUUUCUAAUUUAUUUGCUAAAAACUGAGAAAAAAAAUUAUUCCCAGAUCAUUCCGAUCUGCAGUUUUGCUUUCUAUCGUUGUUAUGUUUCAUUUUCUUGGAUAUAUUUCUCAAAUGUUUUGGUAAGCAAAGCUUGCUUUUGAUUCUAACUCGUCUUUGUACAGACACUUGCCAAUCUUUUUAAAGAUGGAGGACCAAAAUUAAUGUAAAGUUAACUCCGCAAACUAAAAGUAUAUAGAAAAAUACAACUGUAUUGUGUACAAUUUAGUUGUUUAAAUGUGUAGCUUUUUUUCCUUUUUAUUAUCUGUUUUUCUGCCGCAGUUAGAUGAUUCUAAUAUUGAAAUUAUCUUGCCAGCAUUUCUUUGUCCUUUCUAUUGUUGUGCACAUAAUUCUAUUGGUGCUUAUACAGAUGACAUGGUGCUAAUUUAUGGAAAUAUCGACUCCUUUUUUUUUUUCCAGGGAAGGGGGUAUAUACUGUUUAGAAUAUAUUUUGGCAGCCUACUACUGUAACUAUAAAUUGAUGUGGGGCUACACGUCUGGUAUGCUAAGGUGGGACUGAACUUUUCAAUAAUUUACUUGAUAAUUUAAUUGAUGUAUUCCCAACGCAACAAUUAUUAUACGACACAAAUUGUAAUAUGGAUGUUAUGUUUAAAUGUUUUUUUAAAAUGUUUCGGAUGUUCCUAAAAGUUAUUUUGUAAAAACCAAAUAAAUACCAAAUGCCUAUUAUUGACUAAGUUUGCACUCCGAACAAGUCAGUCUUACUAUGUUUGGGUUUGUAUUAAUGACUAUUAUUACAAAUAAGGGUUUAUAUAUUUAUAGGUGUUGACAAUUACCUUUUUGCUAAGAUAUUCUCACUAACAUAUGUUCCUAAAUGUUGGAACAUGAAUGAAUACAUGAAUGAGUAAACAUACUGCAAGUAUUAAACACUAAAGUAAUCCCUCAUUUAUCAUGUUAAUUGUUACCAAACCCAAUCGUGAUAAGUGAAGUAAGAUUCUUUAUUUAUAAAUGGAGUAUUUUCAGUUAGUGCAUAGAAAACCUGGUUACAAAUUUCUAAAUAGGUUUUAUUAGAGCCCUCUAGGCAUAAAAUAACACCCCUAUAGUCACAUUUACACAAAUAUUAUUAUUUUUUUCUGCAUUCUAACAAGAAAACAAGUUAAUAUGAGCUAGCGAACAAUGCAAAUCAGUGGGACAUAGUACCUAUUUUGACUACAAAGCCCUCUAUUAUUAAUAUAUUAUUUGAUAUACAUGCAGUGAUUACACAUUUCAUGAUUUUAAAACAUUAGCGAAACUUCACUGAAUUUGCCCAGGAGCUCACGCUUUUUGUCCAAACCACGUAAGUACUAUGUACCAUCGCUUAAGUUUUCUUAAUAUAAAAGAAAUGAGUGGAAAAAUGUCCUGUUUCGUCCGUCAUUGAAUUUAUUGCAUUUCAAAAGGGCUGACAUGCACUGGGGGAAGGCCAUCAUACACAAAAUUAAUUACAGCAAAAAUAAAUUGUCGUAACAACUCAAUCAUGAUAUACUUCUUGUAUCUGUACCUCAUUUGUACAAGUCUGGGCUUCAGACAGUAUACGCUAAUUCCAGUUUGAUGCAGCAAGGGUGGCUUUCUGUGGAGACUCUAAAUGGAUAAGACUGACAACUCAACCGAAAAUGAACGAAACAGAACUUAGUAUGCCAUAAAGAAGAAGGUCUGCCAUGAUGGUAAGCAAAAAAGGUGGGUUGGGGCUAGGUGCAAAACAAGUAUACAAUGUAUUCACUAGCUCGAAUCAGUGUAAAAUAAAGUGUGUGUUUAAAUAAAAUAAAUAUGUGUUUACACUUUGAGGAAGAGAAUGAAUAAUUACUGAACAGAAUGAAUAUAUAUACAUAUAAAAAUUGUGGAAAAAUGAAAAAUCAGUCUAAUACAGGGUGUGAAUGCUGAUUUGACAGUCCUAUCUAUUCAGAGUCCCUGGUGGUGAUGAAGCCGUACACAACAAAAGGACAUAUAUUUAACAUAUACUUUAUAAUUCAGAAACUUCCCAUGGGGCUGUAAAAUACAACAACAAUUAUUUCAAAGUUGUCCCAAAGUUACGCUAUUAUUUUAUACUCAUUGAUAAGGUUUGUCUUCCGGUAGUAGGACAACAUGAAAAACUAGAACACAUGACAUAAAUUAGAAAAAUAAGCCACAAACAACAUGAGUUUCUCCGAAGCCCACAUUUUUUCCCCUUAUAAUAUACAAUAUUUGUUUCCAAAUGAUGACGGCAGGAUACACACUUGACUUCUUACAAUUUCAUGUCAUAUUCACAUUGCUAUUUCUCUUCAACAGACAUACAGUACAGAUUAGACACGUAAUCCUCAAAUUCACACCAGAGAAGUCUAUGUACAUCAAAUAGAACCUUUCCGUAAACAACACACAACAGAGUUCUCCAAAAAACUACAGGUAUGUUAUUAAAUACUCUCAUCCAAUUAGAGUAGGGCCAAGGAAGUGCUCACACCCCCUUUAAAAAGGAGGGCGGGGACGGAGUUGGUGGAUCUUCGGACACCAAAAUACAACCAGCAUUCAACACAAGAAAUAAAUAAACAAACACAUACGCCUUCACUUUCACUCACAUACAUUUUUUUCAGCUUUUGUGUAUUAUUUAGUGGGAGACAAAAGAUUAGAACAUCUACAUGAGCACGCACUUGUUAUUCUUUUCUCAUAUAUAUUCAUUUUCUGUUUAUAACUGCUAUGGUUCACUUUCACUGUUUGUGCUACAACAUCACACAGGACGGGGAAACAGGAAGUGGAUGGGUCAGG